GAAAAAUGUGGCAUCCGCUUGCCAUGUCUGCAGUUCCAGAAAGAGCAGUAACUCAGCAUCAGAUGGUACUUUCCCUUCCCAGCACAGGCCUUUGCUAGUAUCAUCCUAAGUGCUCAUCCGCCAUGCCGCAGAGUUUUUGACCCUUGUCUAUCCAGACUCGUUUGGUCUGCUGCCCCGACAAUCGCCCUCGCAUGACGCUAAGCCAGACCUUGCCUCCCAUGCCCGCCCUCUGUAUGAAAAAAUAUCCUAGCUCUCCAGACACCGGACAGGGGUGGCACUUUUGCUGACGGACCUCUCUCCAAUUCUGAUUCUGAUCUCGUGAGGAGAAAGCCAUUCAAAGUCCCUCAUCGCCCUACGAGGCUUUGAUCAUGAACUCAACUUGAUUCUUGGACCGUUUCUCUGCCCUCCAACUCUCACAAACCCCAUCGAAUUUCCUGUCCGUCUACAUCCAAACAUGCCUACCGAAGUCGAGCAAAAACCAAAAUCCAAACACCGCAAGUCCACGUGCGCUGGCUGCCGUAGAAGAAAGUCGAAAUGCGACGGGAAAACACCCAAAUGCACCACGUGUAUCGCAUACAAGGACGACUGUCACUACGACAAGCCGCCCUCACUCGCAUACGUGCGAUCGUUAGAGGAGGAAAUCCAGGAACUAAAAGCGCAACUGCGACAAGCCAAGACCCAAGUUUGGCUAAGUAGGGCCGGGUCUCACGAUGACAAGAAGCUCCCCUCAGCAUCACCCGCCAGCGAAACAGCCGGAUCUCAAAGUUCAGGUCAAGCUCUGGCACAUCGAAAUCGACAUGUCAAGUGGGAAGCCGACAUUAGCGUGGACGACACCGGAAGUGUAACAUUCCACAACUCAACAUCUCCCAUCCAUGAGCCACCCUCAAGUCAGCGCCAUCACCCGCCGAUAACAGCCCAUCUCAAUUACAGCGGGAAUCUUCACGAAGACCAGCGUGUGAAGCGCGAUCUGAUUCUAAAUGCUACUCACCAGAGACAGAUUGAACCUUUCGCAAUCGCAAAUGGCGCCGCAAAGACAAAUGUCCCCAAGGAAAUUUCACAUGAAUUGCUCAAGUACCAUUGGUGCUGGCAACAUCCUUUGUUUCUGUUUGUGUACAGGCCGGCAUUUACGAGAGGAAUGGCAAUGGUGGAUCUAAAUACUCCAGGUGCUCAAGAUCCACCGUACUUUUCAGAAUCCCUGCUGAAGGUCAUACACGCUCAUUGUGCCAGAUUUCUGAAUCACGACGUCUACCAGGACCAAUAUCACAGUGUACUGAGCCAGCACAGCCCCAUGGGAAGCUCGAUGAGCGCCGGAGAGUUCAUGCAAAAAAUGACAGACGAAGCGCGAUUCGGUUUGGGCAUGGACAUGCUGAGGAACAGCUCUAUUCCAACCAUUCAGGCCCUCCUGCAACAGUCCGCCAGAGAAGUCAUGUUUGGGAGAUCUUCGCAAGCAUGGACAUUCUCAGGUGUGGCGUUUCGCAUGGCCUUGGACAUGGGCAUUCAUCUCCCCAGCGAUAAACUUCAGGCAUUCGUGAAAAGCCUGACACCGGAAGACAUCGAAAUUCGAAAGCGGUUGUUCUGGAGUUGCUACACCUGGGAUAAAAUUCUGUCGCUGUAUCUUGGGCGGAUGCCCGGUUUCACCCCAGCGACCGAGGAAAUUCCCCUCACAUUCAUGGACGACUACAGUGAUAGUGAUCUCUGGGCCCCGUACUACGGAGAGACGCCCACGCCUGAGCUCGCGAAUGCCCCCAAUUACCCCCCUUGUCCUGGCUAUGUGGUCUCAUGCUUCCGGCAGCUGUGCAAGAUUUGCGUCAUUCUCAACGAUCUGAUGCACAGCAUCUAUUCCUCUGAGGCGGCCGCUCGUCGUGAGAUGGAAGAGGAAGAUCAUUCAGCAGAGGCCAAGGCAGCUAGCGAAGCACCUUUUGUGAGAAUUUCGCGCGAUCUACGGGACUGGCUUAUCUCUUUGCCUCCUCAUCUACGAAUCAACCCCGACCAAAUGCCAUCUCUAGCACCGCCAGUGCAUAUCAUGUCACUGAAUCUGCUUUACCAUACCACGGUGAUCCUUCUACACCGCCCGGUUGUGCUUGGUGCACGAGACAUGAGCGCACCAGGACCCGCGCGCUCAUGGCAAAUGUGCAUCCAAGCAACAGGUGCUAUCCAUGAUUUGAUCAUGCUGCAAGCAAAUACUUUCGGUCUUAAUCACGUCUCCUACCUCAAUGCCUACAGCGUUUACAUUGCCGCAACAAUCGCCGUCCUGCGUUUUGAAAGAGAAUACCAACCGGGCGAGGAUCCCACGGUAGCAGCACAGAAGAAUGGAUUGAGCUUCCUCUUGGAGGUCUUGCAAAAGACCUCAAGUACCAUGCCCGCUUUGGAGCGCAGCAACGCCAUCAUCCGAAAGAGAAUGAAGGCCGCCUUGGAUCGCCAGAAGGCCCAGCAAAGUCAGGUUAGGAGGACUUAUUCGAAUGGAUCAACCCCGCCCAACGCUAAAUUCAGUAUUCCAACCCCGACGAGUCAUCAAAUGGAUCUCGCGCAGCCGACUGCAUUCCAAGCACUUUCAAAUCCGGCUUUGGUGCAUGGAGCCUACUCACAACCUGACACACCCGGCUCUUUCGUCGCGCCCAUGCAAUGGCAAUCAGGGAUGAGAAGCAGCCUCUACUCCGAACCCGCUCACGGAUCGGAAGACUUCUUGCCAGCUUUUCCUGGACAACAGUUUCCGGUAGGCUCUGAGCACAGCUUUGGCAGCAACGAAGUCGACCCUCAUGCAAGGACUGCACUGUUAGGUUACAAUCUCGAUCCACAUCCCAGGUUGAGUACGGGAGAUAUUGAUUGGAAUUUUAUGGACACUUUUGAAGGCCAGUCAGUCCAUAUGUGACUAGCCGGUCAACAUCAAAGGAUCCAAUACGAGUUCUCAACAGAUUUUUACGCAGAAUGGACAGAUUAUUGAGGGAGGCAAAGCUUUUGGCGUCGUUAUUUCGACAAUUCUUCCAGCGAACACACUUUGUGCAGACAAUUCGGCUGCUCCCCCAUUACGCAUAUUGGGCAACGACAGGCGACGAUGAAACGACAGUUUGGAUUUUUGAGCCUUUACGAGCAGUUCUUUUUGGCGGGUUCUAGACAGUUGCUGGGAAAAGCUUGGGAAGGACAUGGUGAGAGGGAAAAAGUCUAUUGCUAUCCCUGUGACUAUUCAAGAAUCCGUCUACAGUUCACGCAGCGGGAGGGAAGGGUUGCAAUUUGCGAGGGGCAUCGCAUCAUGAAGGCUUCGUUUGGAAUGGGAAUUUUGCUCAGCAUUGACACGGUCGUUUCUCUUAUGAUGCCCCGGGACUGAUUCCAACCACGUUCAGUUGUUGUUUUUGUUCACACGCAGUACAUACAUAGAUUCCGUUAAUUGUUCAAGUCUUUGCGCUUCCUGAAAGUUGAGGCAUAGCGACAGGAGCUGAGCAGCAAACUACAC